AUGGCUUUACCUUCCGUAAAGCACGUCAACACCGCUAACGAUAUCCUUGGAUUACCAAACUUCGCCAUUGUACGAAUUCCCGAAGGUGGCGAUAUCAUCAAGCUCUUCAGCUUGCUGUUGAAUAAUGGCUUCCCGGAAGUAUCAUUUGUGAAUGAAAUUCGAGAGAAUGCAUUUCUACCAGCCGUUGCUUCGAUGCGAGAGUUGAAUGAAUUAAUGAAUGGUAAUGCGAAUUUAACAGAAGAAGAUGCGUUAGCAGCGGUACAAGAUACGAAUUCAGUGCUGCUUGCAACAGCCCCCAAUAAUGCGGAACAUUCACCAGCACCAUCCAGCUCAACACCAGUACAUUGUUUGGCAAGUGCGUCAUCAACAGGCAAUAUUCCCUCGCCGAUACCGUUUGUAGCACGUCCUCGUGGAUCACGUGCCGUCACUGUAGAUGAUCCGAACUUAUAUGCAGUUUGUCAGCUAUGCCAAAAUAAGAUUAUGGCUAGUCGACUAUCGAAUCUAACGAAUCACGUCAGACGCCAUGCUUCAUUGAAGCAAUUCCAGUGCAUCUACUGUGUUUAUACGCAUAAUGAAAUGGCCAAGGUACGUCUCCAUAUGCAACAUAACCACAAAGAUCACUUAAGUCAGCCACUCGAUGCAUUAUCACCAGAGAUGCAAAGCCAAUGGGAUCUGUUAAUGGAGCAGUGUUUUCCAGGAUACUCAAAGAAUUGUGUCGAAGGAACGGGUAUAGCUGAGCGAUCAUCAGAAAGCGUUUGUGAUGAGAGCGAAAGAUUUACGUGUAUAGAAUGCGGUUUACGAGUUUCUCUGGAUUCGCUUCGUUCUCAUUUGAACACUGUUCAUCGUCUUGAAUGUAUUCCUUACUCGUGCGAAGAAUGUGGCUAUCAAAAUGCCGAUCAGUGGAGGGUACGGUUACACAUCACUCUGAAACACUCAGAAAAAGCAGCGGAAGUGAAUGUCGAAGCUCUAGAAGCUGGGAGUAAUUUAGAUGUUUUCCUGCAUAAAUAUUUUCCUGAAAUACCAGCUGAUGAAGAAGAAGCUCGCAUGCUGUCACAGUUUCAAAAUCUUGCUCCAAAAGAAGAACGAUGUAGCAUAUCACCGAUAAGUCGUGAAGACGUCUCAAGUCGAGAAAUUGAAAUAAUCGAAAACGAUGACACAUCAUCAAUACGUUGUGAGAUUUGUCAUAAACAGAUGCCGAACAACCGUUCAUUAUCGUCAUUAAUGAAUCAUGCUAAACGCCAUUAUCAUGUGAAACAAUAUCAGUGUUCUGAAUGCAGUUAUACGAGUAGCGAAGCAGCACAUGUCCGAACUCAUAUGGCUUUGAAGCAUCCUCAAAGUGCUUGGAUUGAAAUAAUGCGUAAGUGCUUCCCUGCAUUGGUUUCAAGGAUAGAUCAAUUCCGAUUCAAACAUUCAACAUCUGAAGAUCAUGAGAAAGAUCCGAUUAGUGAACAUCAUGCUGAACAAAACACUAAUAACCGUGCAGCGAAUUCGGUUCACGGAAAGCGCAAAAGUGCUCUUCGGGUAAUGAUAGUUUCUUUCUUACAAUUAGAACGUUAUCGAAUAUCAUGA